GUGAUAAAUUUGCAGCAGUUUCUCAAUAUAUGAUUCUUAAUGAGGAACAAGAAUUAAGUGAAGAACAAAUUAAAAUAAAAAAUGAAUUUUCAGAAUGGGAAAUGAUUCUUAAUGAGGAACAAAAAUUAA